GUCAGAGUCAGCAAAUCCUCCUCUAAAAAUAGACUCUAGCUGCAAAGUUAGUAAGGUUUCUUUUGUCGUUCUGCCGCACUUCACAAGACCCAGUUACCUACAGCACCCACCUAAGCUUACAGUUUCUUGCACAUCCUGAGAGCACUACUCCAUGGACAAGAUGUCAUCAGGAAGCUGGAAUGCUGGGAAGAAAAAUGCAUACACAGCAGUCAAAGUAGAUCCUGAUGAGGACUAUUGUACCCCAGGUGCAUUUGAACUGGAGCGGCUCUUCUGGAAGGGAUGCCCAAAGUACACGCACGUCAAUGAAGUCUGGCCCAACCUCUACAUAGGAGACGAAAAAACUGCAUUGGAUCGCUACAGCCUUGAGAAGGCAGGAUUCACCCACAUCCUCAACGCAGCCCAAGGGCAGCGCAACGUGGACACGGGACCAGAAUAUUACAGCAACAUGAGUGUGGAGUACCAUGGAGUGGAAGCAGAUGAUCUCCCCACUUUCAACCUCAGCCAGUUCUUUUACUCAGCUUCCAAAUUCAUUGAUAAUGCACUUCAGGAUGAAAGAAGCAAGGUGCUGGUCCACUGUGUUAUGGGCCGCAGCCGCUCAGCCACGCUGGUCUUGGCUUACCUGAUGAUUUACAAGAACAUGACAGUGGUGGAGGCCAUUGAGCAAGUGUCAAGGCACCGUUGCAUCUUGCCAAACCGGGGCUUCCUGAAGCAGCUGAGAGAACUGGACAUAGUGCUGGCACUGCAGAGGAGGAACAGCAAGAACAGCCUCCCACCUGCUGACCAGCAGAACAGCACCACCAUCUAGCACUGUCCUGGCACGGCUGUGCUACUGGAAAAGAAACUCCAUAAAAGGAGGGGAGGGGAAAGUGUAUUUAAUGACACAGUCACAAGGAUCAUUUGUUAUUUGCUAGAAAAACAAAAAACCAAAGUCACUUCAAAUACUGUCAAGAUGAGAAAGAAGGGAAACCGAAUUUAAAACUCAUCAUCUUAAAAAGUUCCAGCCUUAGCAGAAUUCUUUGUUACAUCAACAAAUAAGUUUUUCUCUCUGCAAAAAACCUCAAACAUUUACAACACAAAAAGGAGGCACAACUUAAAACUCUCUUCUAGCUGAGUACCCCCAAAAUCCUGAUCCUAAAUCAAGCACACAGCCUUUAAAGGAGCGCAGCUAGGCACUCCUGAAGAAAUCUUGCAGGAAAAACACUGAUUUGUUUAGUCCAGAGUCCUGAAGGGUUUCACAGGAGUUUGCCUUUUUGUGCUGCUUCCUGGCAUACCUGUUUCUUUUUUCACAGUGAUAAUCUAGGGCAGCACAGCAGUUAGAGAGCCUCUACAUGAGGAUCAACUACACCAUGAGAACUAGAAACAAAGCAAUACCCUUGAGAAGGUCAGAUGCAUAAGCAGCUACACUGGACAACAAUUCAAUGAUAUACAUACACAUGACAUUGCAGAACUUUCAGUUUUAAAUUGCUUAACUUGUCCUAAAUCCUUCAACUGCCUGAAUCAUGUCCUUUACAUUGUUAUGAUGAAGUUCAACACUGAACUUGUACAGCUCCAAUAGCCCCCUAAAUAAUAAUGGAUUAUAAUCUGUUCUAAUGAGAUUUUAAAAAAGGCAAGAGUCACCAAUGAAGCCUUUAAAAAAAUGCCUCAGUGACCUUUCUUCCAGCAGAAGAAAGCUGCUGCAGUGCUUCCAGACACUGUUUAGAUCCAUCACUGCCAAAUGUUUCCUCCUAUCUCAGCUUUAAUAGGUCAUUGUCCUCCUACAUAUUUACAUUUGUUAAUAAUUGCAUCUGUUGACAGAAGUGGUGCUAAUACACUAAUGGGGACACCAGACCCACUUUUCUGCCUUAACUUAUUUCAUUUACCCUAUUUGAUACAAAUGACCACCGUGUUUUGAAACAAUGAGAGUUUUGCCAGCAUUUGAUAUUCUUAAAAUGUAUGUCAGAGUAGGAUCACAAUUAAGCCACGUUCACCUUUGCUGCAUCUGCAAAAAGGUGAGGUCCUCGCCCUCCCUACCAGAAUUUUACCUAAUUCAAUCUAUUGGGUAGGAGGCAUUUGCUCAGUGCCUGAGAGGCACUUGGCCAUGACCUGGCCAUCAAGCACACAGGAGAGUUCUCUUGGUCUUUACCAGCUGACAAAAGACUUUGCAACUUUGGUACAGUAUGAACUGUGUAAGUAUUGGAUACUUGUGAAAAAAAAAAUACAGGGCAGAAAUGUGCCACUGAGAACUGCAAGGACAUGCUACAAACCAGAGUUGAGCACAACUUUAUUCUAUUUUUUGUAGAUGUUAACAAUGCUUCACAGGCUUGGAAUCUCUAGUGUGAAGGCCUUCCUAUUCCUUCACUUCCUUUUGGGGCCCAAAACCCAGUAAAUCGUGCAUUUCCAAACACCACCUGUAGCCAAGGCUGCAGAUACCCAUAAUAGAAUGCUUUUGAUUUAUCAUUUGGAUUUAUCUGCAUAAUAAACACCUUAUCUUUAAA